GUCAUUGGUCCUCCUUUUUGCUUGAGCUUUUUCCCGCGCUGUCUUCAACAACAUACCCAAGUGUCAUCUAGGAGCGGAUUAUAACAAGCGAUUUAACAAAAAUAACCUGCUCUAACGCAACACUUACAGCAAACUGCCAGAUAAUGCCGUCUUCAGAUUAUGACCCGGCCAGUUUACCGGACUUAUUGCCGCUGUACUACCGACGGUUGUUCCCUUUCUCCCAGUACUACCGCUGGCUAAACUAUGGAGGAGGUAAGGAAACUCGCAUGCUAUCAGAGCUAGCACACUGUAGUUGAUUGCAGGUCAAACAAACAUGAUAAGAAGUAUUUUUCCUUUUUACCUUUAGUGCACAAGAACUAUUUCCAGAACCGAGAGUUCUCCUUCACCCUCAAAGAUGACAUUUACGUCCGCUACCAGUCGUUCAGCACUCAAGCAGAUCUGGAGAAGGAGAUGCAGAAGAUGAACCCGUACAAAAUCGAUAUUGGAGCUAUAUACAGUCACAGGGUGAGUUUUCAUGCACCUGCUUUUACAGACACUGUCCAAAAGGCCAACUGGAUAAAGUCCUCCUCAUUUGUCAUUUCUACAGCCCAAUCAACACAACACAGUGAAGUCAGGAACCUUCCAGGCUCUGGAGAAGGAGCUGGUGUUUGAUAUCGAUAUGACAGAUUAUGAUGAUGUCAGGAGCUGUUGCAGGUAAAGGACAUUUGUGUGUCAUACAAGCAACUUAUUCCCAGAGUCAAUUGAUUAUCCACAUGAAUCACACUCUGAAACUGUUGUUGUUGUUGUAGUGCUGCGGACAUCUGCUCCAAGUGCUGGACCCUGAUGACCAUCGCCAUUAAGAUCUUGGACAGAGCUCUUAGAGGUUUCUUUGCCCCCUAAUUUUGUGCCAGCCUUUUUUUAUUCAAUUUGAACAAACCGAUAUUUAACCCUUUUUUUUCUUCUUUGUGAUACUUUUAGAGGACUUUGGUUUCCAGCACCUGCUGUGGGUUUAUUCUGGAAGAAGAGGAGUGCAUUGCUGGGUGUGUGAUGAAGCUGCGAGGAAGCUCUCAGUGGCAGCCCGCUCUGCAGUUGCAGAAUACCUCAGCCUGGUUAAGGUAACAGAUCUUUAUAAGCUUGUUUGAGAUUGUUUUUGUGUUAACUACACCGUAGAUCGAAAUUAGAGAGCAACCCACGAUUUCCUAAAUGUCAAGUUCACUGCAUUGUUUUGUUAUAAAAUGAUCCAAACUUUAGUAAAAAAGCUGAAUUUUAAGCAUAAAAGCACUGAUCAAAAUUAGAGAACUCUUUAAGAUACCUCCCAGUUAUGAGUGUUAGUCUGGCACCUGGUGCGUAUGUCUUUAAUUAUCUGACUAACCCUAUUAAACUGGCAGCCUAACUUAUAGUUUUCACUGACUUUACAAGAUGGUGAGCCAUUCUAAAGUUACUGAAAUGCUCCGGCAACAGGUGGUCCAGAUGUAGGCCGAAGGGAUGACCCCGUCAGCAAUAGCAAGAGAAAUUGGUCUUUCCAAAUCUGAUAAACGCUGUAAACUAUAUUUAAGCAGUGUUUGUUGCACGUCUCGGAGUGAUGCGUUCAGGGCAGCCUCGGAUUAAAAAAAUUGGCUGUCUUACUUCCAGUUUUCACUGACUUUACAAGAUGGUGAGCCGCUCUAAAGUUACUGAAACGCUCCAGCAACAGGUGGUCCAGAUGAAGGCCAAAGGGAUGACCCUGUCAGUGAUAGCAAGAAAUAUUGGUCUUUACAAAUCUGUGAUUUCCAGAACAUUACAUCUUUACAAAGGCCUGUACACUUCCUACUAAUGUGUGACUGUCCUUACCUUUUGAUAAUUUUGUUGUAAUCUUUCUUUGUGCUACAAGCAUUGCUGUUCUUUAAUUUUGAUCAUUGUGUUUUCUGCAAAAUGAUGUUUAAUUUGUCAAAAUUCCUUGUUUUGUUGUAAAAUAUUAUUCUAGUGGCACAGUAUUGCCACGACAAACAAGCCCUCGAAUGUUGAGCAAUGAAGAUCAUAAUAUUUUAGAAUAAGUCAAGUGUUCAUGAGUUGUUCUCUAAUUUUGAUCUCCAGUGUAUAUAACUUGUUAUGAGUCCCUGCUCUGGAUCUGAGAGAUAUUAGGAUUGACUUUAUCAAUGUUUUUAUAGGGAGGUGACGAGACGGUGAAGAAAGUUGUGCUGAACGAUCCAAUUCAUCCAUUGAUCAGGUAUGAGUCACAUGAUAUUUUUUGGGUGUUUUUUGAUAACUUUGUCAGAUAAACUGUUUAAGAGUAAUUUUAAUCCCUACAGAGAAUCUUUGACGGUGGUGGAGCACUACUUUCCCCGCUACGCUCUACAGGAUCAGGACAUUCUGGGCCGCAAGGACUCCGUAAAUAAAGUGCUGGGGCUCGUACCUGAAGAUAUCCUGUCUUAGAAUUUGUGCAUUUUCAUAAAAAUCUAAUAUGUUCAUAAAUGUGUGUGUAGAAGAUGUGAAUUCUGCCAAAACAACAGCUAGACUUGACCUUGACCCACUUUAUGUAUACAUGUAAGAAAAGAAUUACAGCAGCGCUUCCAGAAUGAGAGGAAACCUGAAACCCGCUGGGCAUUGAUCGAGGGCCAAGCCGAAAAGAAACAGGUUUGGAUUAUUCUUGCUUUACACAAAACAGAAUUAUAGCUAUUUUAACCUCUUUAACUCUCUAACAUUAUUGAUUUAAAAUAUGCAAUGAGGAUUACAAACAUCAGCAAUCAUACUCUGUCUACCUCAGGCAACUGCAAAAAAGGGCCAGUACUUUGAGAAGGAAAUCAUGCUGCAGUAUUGUUACCCACGGCUGGAUGUGAACGUCAGUAAAGGAGUGAACCAUUUGCUGAAAAGUCCUUUCAGUGUUCAUCCCAAAACUGGUGAGCAUGGCUCUAAUCUAGUCAAGACGGCAAUGGCAGUGAUGUUUCACUGUUAAUCCUCUGGUUUUUCUUGGCACCAUUCAGGGCGCAUCUCUGUCCCCAUGGACCUCAAGGAUUUAGACACAUUUGAUCCUUUUGCUGUGCCCACAAUUAGGUAAGAGUGAAGGAAACAUCUUGCUUUUUGAUAUGUGAAUGUGUGACACGUGUUGGAGCUUUUGUUUUAUAUAUAUUUUUUAGUAUGAUCUGUGAGGAGCUGGAUCGAUCCAGGGCAGGAGAAGAGGAGGAGAAAUCAGAGGACACCAAGGAGAAGGAGGAAGAGACCGCUGCAGCAGAGAAACGGAAGAUCAGAGGUGAAAAUGAAUUUUUGCCUUUGCUUUUUUUACACUUAAACUUUUGUCUUGGGGAAAAUUAAGUUCCUAUGAAUGUUAGAAUGGAUUGGUAUUAUUGGGAUUAAAACUAAUACUCUCCCAAGUAUGAAAAUGUGUUAGCUACUCUUUUUAUUUUAUGUAUAUGCAAUAAUAACAGUCUAAUCAACACUGUCCAGUUCCACAUUGUGAACUUCAUGUGAUAACUCUCUCAUUAUUUAUUUUCCAGAUUACAAGAGAACAAGUUUGGCGAAGUAUGUGAAAUACUUUGAUCAGUUUCUGGAUGGAAUUGCACAGUCCUGGAAAGGAGAACUCAUCAGAAAAAACGGUGAGUUUGUUUUUUAACCAAAAAAAUUAAUCUCUUUUUCAAAGAUUUGCACUUAAUUGUGUAGUAAACUUCCUUUUACUCUUUUUUUUUUUUUUAGAUCUCAAGAAAGAAUUUUAAACAGGAUCAAGAAUCAGAAGAGGGACAUCGAUCGCCCCCUUGGGAGUAAUAACUCGCUCUGUUUGUACACAUGUAUGACUCUUGUUAAAAAAUCAAGACUUUAUUCUAUCCUGACAGUCUGACUUUCUAAAAAAUGCUGAUUUUUAUUUUCUUUUUCUACUUUUUUCCCCACAUGUUGGUGUUGUACAGUCUUUGUGAAAAUAAAUUUGAUAUUUCAACACUUAGAAAAUUGUAAUCCAGUUAUUUUGCACACCAACAGAAGAAGUUUUAAAGGUUGAAGUUGAUAAA